GGUGCUGGGAAUGAGAGAAGGUGAGGAUGCACCAGUGCAGGGCAACCAGAGCUGCCAAGGGUCCCUCUGGCUUGUGCACAAGAUCAAUUGUGGAUGCUCCUGGGUCCUGACUGCUGCCUAUCUUCUCAUCCCACUCCAGCAGAACCUCCACGAUCCUGCUGGCCAUCCACUGUCCCUCCAUGACCAGUCUGCCUCUACCAAGCCCCACAUUUCAGACAUGGAAACCCUGGGGUCAGGACCUGAUACCCAGAGCACCACCCCAGGGAUACAGACAGGGACCCCCAGUGCCCAAAGUGGCACCACCGGGACACAGCCUGGAUCCCAAGCAGGUCACCCAGCAGUGGAGAGAAUCACCAGAGACCUGUGUGAGCUCCAAGGCCAGGUCACCUCCCUGCAGGGCCUGGCCAGUGACCUGCAGGGCCUGGCCAGUGACCUGCAGGGCGAGAAGGAGAAGAUCAGGCAGCUGGAGGAUGCCCUCGGAAAGCAACAUGUGGCUGAUGGCAGAGACGAGAUCUCCCAGCUGGAGCCUGCUCUGCAGGAGGUUAAACAGGAGCAGAAGGAGCUGAGAGAGGAGCAGAAGGAGCUGAGAGAGGAGCAGAAGAUUACCAAGGCCACACUGAAGCAGCUGGUAACAGCCAACCAACUUCAGGAGAAGCUGGAUGAGCUGAGGGCAAUGGUGGGGAGUGUAGAGCAGAAGCAGGCAAAGGCAGCAAGCCCUGACCAGAGCUCAGACACCAAGGUGCUGAAGAAGCUCCUACACGACUAUGAGAUACUCCGUGAGCGGGUGGACUCCUUGGUGCCACAGCAGGAGCAGAGGUCACUGCCACAGAAGAGCCAGCAGGAUGAGGAGCUGCUGAAGAGCAUCCAGGCCACAGUUGUGCGGGUGGAAGGGGACUGUGAGCAGCUUGGCUAUGUCACAGGAAGCCUCCGGGAUGACCAUCGCCAGCAGCAGAAAGAUAUUGAGGCUCUGUUCCGGUCCCUGGAGAGUCUGGAGAAGAAAGCAGACAAGGAGGACCUGCUGCUGCUGAAAGAGGAUAAAGCCUCCCUGGGCAGCAAAGUCAAUUGCACCCAAUUUGAGGCAAGCAUGGAGAGUCUGGAGGAGAGGAUGCGGGAGAUGCUGAAACGAGUGUUGAGCCAGGAGCAGCACGGGCAGGAGGUCCACCAGCAGCUCCGUGGUGCACUGGACUCCAAGCUGGAUCGCCUAGAGCUGGGACCUUUCCAGAAGCAGCUGGAGGAGACCUGGGGAAGGAUGAUCAAGGAGCUCAAGGAUGAGAUGUCAGUCACUGCAGAUGAUGCUGCAGGAAUUAAACAGCAGCUGCUGGUCCCUUACAAGUGCCUGUCCUGCGACCGGGACCUCAACAUGCAGGUGCCUGGCCCGCACAUUGACACACUCCCGUUCUAUCCGCCAAUGCCCAUCAGCCACGCUGCACACCCCACUACCAUCAUCACAGAGGAGCGAGCACAACAGCAUGGUUACAGGAAGCUGCCCAAUGGCAGGUCCCACCUCAAGAUGCAGAGUGACAGGGGCCAGUACACAUCCAAUGCACAGCUCAAGGAUGCCCUGUGGCUCUCCAAAAAGCCUGGUGUGACCGAGCUGCUGGGCACAGAUGGCUGCAUCAAUCACAGACAGGAGCACAGGCCUAAAGUGGCAGUGAGGGCACAGGACAAGCUGGGUAUGGCCCUGUAGGGCACUGGGGAAGGGGGGAGUGAGUUCCAGCUGUUUGCCAGCAGUGGGUGAGCAGGGCUCUGUGUGCAUGGCUGAGCAGGUGGAACUGUGGUCUGAGGUGGGCUGAGGAGGGGCGGACACAGGAUAGAUGGGGAGAACUGGUGGAUGCGGGUGUUUGAGCUGGAGACCAGUGUGGGGAUGGCCCUGGCCAGUGUGGGACAACAGCCUAUCUUCUGGAGAGCAGGGGCCAGCACUCUGUCCCGCAGGGUCUC